AUACUCGCGCAUAAUGAAGUACUCAACAGUCAAGCUUUACUUAACCCCCAACAAAAAACAACACCAGCCUUGCAAUUGCAGCAGUAUAAACCCUACGUCCCAAUUCCACUUUGCUUCCUACAGCCACACCAACCAUGUCAUCGAAUCCCAACGUCGUGGACAUUGGACCCGGAGGCCAGCAGACGCCAUACGAAUCCGCAGCCACACACAUCCAACCGCACGCAAAGCAAUCCGGCGUCCUCGGAGGCUCGGCCAAGAAUACCAAAGAUGCACCCGCCUACUCGUCCACUUCAACAUCCUCGAACGAUGACGACACCACAGACGUAGGACCCACGGUGAAGGAACAGCGACACAGCGGUCCCGCGGGCCAAACGACCGGUAGGAUCGGCGUCGCUGGCGGGAGCAAUGUAGACGAAGGGACGACGGAGGAGCCGGGUAAAGCGCGCCGGGAGCAAGGGUAUGGUGGGGAGAGCGAUAUGGAUCGGUCGAUUGGUGCGUAGGGAGUAGGAGGAGAAUAUGUGGGAGGGAAUUGGGUGGGUAGAGAUACAUGUUUCUGUCCGUCAUUCAAUUCAGUCGAUGAUGCGAGGGACACUCAACCCAUAUAUGUAUCUUGUAAAAGCUAAAACUAGGCAUUUAGGUAAAUGACAGCUCGGCGGUACCAGAGAGCCUUGAAAG